CUAUGACAAGAAGAAAUGAGCCAUAGUAAGUGCAGCAUCAGCUUUCAUGUGAACCAACAUUUCCGCGUCACCUGGCUCACACAGCCGUAUCAAUCGCGCGGGAUCAUCGUGUUCAGCCGCAUUAUGUCCAGUGGCUCGUGCGCUGCAGGUGCUGGACGCUGUCUCGCGAUGUUCGGGCUGCUGGUCCUUGUGCAGAUGCCCGGAGCCCUGACGUCCAACACGGAGAGCGACUGUUUGACUGAAGAUGACAAAGGAUGUGAAGGUAUGUCCGAGAAGAAAAGUGACCAUCAUGUGUGUGAUGAAUAUAGUUGUUCUUUCGGAGGAAUCUGCAGGGACAACGGAUCACACCUGGAGUGUCUUUGUCAGUUUCAGUGUCCACAGAUGUUUGCUCCAGUAUGUGGGUCUGAUGGUGACACAUAUCAUAGUGAAUGUUUCCUAAGACAAGCUGCCUGUGAACAGCAGACCAGAAUCACUGUAAUUACGGAAGGACAAUGUCAUUCCGUUGCUGAAUCGGCAUCAGGAGAUACAGAUCUGGAGAGUUCAGGACUAGAGCCCAGCAGAUACUCUAAGUGUUCUAGCUGCAAGUUUGGAGCGGAGUGUGAUGAAGACUCUGAAGGCAUUUGGUGUGUAUGUAAUAUAGACUGCAGUGGAUUUAAUAUGAAUCCAGUUUGUGGAUCAGAUGGCCAGUCUUACAGUAAUCCAUGCCAGGUCAGAGAAGCUUCCUGCUUGAAACAAGCUCAGAUUAAUGUCAAACACCUUGGGCAAUGUCCAGAUUCAGUGGUAUUAGUGGGUGGAGUCAGUGUGGGCGGAGCAAUGCCCUGUGCUGAAAUCAACAGCAGCUUUUGUGUGCAUGGAACCUGUGAGAUGAAAAAUGAUCUGGCAACAUGCAGGUGUGAUGUGGGGUUCUCCGGUGUGCACUGUGAGCAGAGAGACUUCAGUGAGUUGUACGUGGUGCCCAAUGGACAGAAGCUUCAAUACGUCCUGAUUGCUGUGAUCAUUGCUGCUGUACAGAUCAGCAUAAUUAUCGCUAUCAUAAUAUGCAUCACAAGGAUUCAUCCAAAAAAGCCACGAGCCCAUCUUCAGAAACAGAACCUGGGUCACUCACCCAAAGAUGGAGGACGCAGGAUUGUAUAGCUGCUGAUAACUUAAACAGAAACGCACAAACU